GUUUAAACGUUUUAUUUAUAUAUUAAAUAACAGUGAUUAUUUUUUAAAGUAACGAUUUCAUAACCAGUUUAAAAUAAUAAUUUUGAUUACCUGAAAGUAAAUAAAUGCACUUUAAAUGUAUUACCCUUUAUACCAGUUAUUAUUUACACAGACCAUACGUAGUUGUUUCAGUAAGUAUUAAGGAGAAAGAAAUUAUACCAUAAACGGUAACGAUAAUUAAUAACUAUUACUUUUCGCAUGGAAAUUAAAAUGAAACGGAAAUAACGACUUCUUUUAUUGUGAUUUUUGACUACUUGGACACGAUCAACUAAAUAAUGAACAUCCUUAAUGAUAUUUAAAAUAGUCAUAUAGUUAUCCAUAUUUAGAGUCAGCGGUUUUAUCUUUUAUUUUAUUAUACACAAUAUUUCAACUCGUGUCUGUUUUAUAUGUGUGUUGACAUUUUUAGCUUAAUAAUUUUACCACGUGCACAAAAUUUUUUUAUAUAAAAUUUAAAACGAAAAAUAACGGAAAUUCAAAUCAUGAAUAUUAAACAUUCUUUAGACAAAAUAUAAGCAAAAAUUGUUGAUUUAUGGAUUUAAAUAAUUAUUAUAGUUAAUAGUAGUGAACAAUAUGAUUCAGUCGACGUACUAAACGAUUAAGAUGUUCUUUUUAUGCCAAGAAUGCGAAGAGUAUUUGAAACGUAUCGGUUCCACACAGUUGACUCUGAAGAUGUUUCAAAGACAAGUGUACCUUAUGUAUUUUAGUUCAUGUAAUUGUCUCCAUUCAUCGUUCGCGCCGACUGAAGCAACAUAACGUACUGGUAAUCAUGAUCUAUUUCAAGCUUAUAAUAGUUUUAUUUUACUGUUUUUGUACAACAUCUCGCUCUGUAUAUUUAUUAUCUUCGAUUGAUAAUAUUGAAUGGUGGCAAAACUCAGUUAUUUAUGAAAUAUUUUUAAUGUCAUUUAAAGAUUCAAACAGUGACGGUAUUGGAGAUUUGAACGGUGUAACCCAAAAAAUAGAAUAUUUAUCUAACCUAGGAAUAGAUGCUAUUUGGUUAACACCAUUUUAUCAAUCGCCUUUGGAAUCUUCUGGUUAUGAUAUAACCGAUUACGAAUCAAUACUUCCAAUUUUCGGUAAUAUUAAUGACUUCAAAAACUUAGUAAAAUCAGCACAUGAAAAAGACAUAAAGGUUUUGAUUGAUUUUGUACCCAACCAUACUAGUAACAAACACGUUUGGUUUAAGAAAUCGGUAAAAAAAAUAGAACCUUAUACAAACUACUAUAUUUGGAGAAAUGCAAAAAAUCACGAGGAUGUUAUUAGAAAUAUAUCGACUCCAAUAGUUCCUAAUAAUUGGUUGAGAAUGUAUCCAAACGGCGAUGAUGUAAGUGCUUGGAUAUGGAAUGAUGAGCGUAGACAAUACUACUACACACAGUUUUCUAUAAAUUUACCUGAUUUGAAUUAUCGUCAAAGUUCAGUUCAUAAGCAAAUGAAUAAUAUUUUAAAAUAUUGGUUGGAAUUAAGCAUUGACGGGAUACGAAUAGAUGCUUUGAAACAUGUUUACGAAAAAUAUACAACAGAAAACGAAUCGCUUAUAAAUCCAAAUGGUCCUUAUAGUUAUGAUAAUUUAAAUCAUACGUUUACAACCGACCAAAUUGAAGUGUAUGAUUUGAUCAAAGAAUGGCGUAAUCUACUUGAUACAUAUUCGAGCAAAGAUGGUAAUAAAAGAAUAAUAAUGACUGAAUCAUACAGUCCAUACAAUGUAUUAUCGAUGUACUUCAAAAAUGGAGCUCAAAUUCCAACGAAUUUCAAUCUUAUUAAAAAAGAUCGAAGUAACCUAGCAUUUGAAUUGUAUCAAUCGUUACAAGAUUGGUUUACUAAAAUGCCGCCAAACUCUUUUAAUAGUGUGUUGCAGAAUCACGAUGUUCCUAGAAUUUCUAGCCAAUACGGCUCACAGUAUUUGGAUAAUUUAAAUGUUUUACAAUUGUUUCUGCCCGGCCCUUGUAUAAUGUACUAUGGAGGAGAAAUAGGAAUGGAUGAUUUUGAUAAUUUAUCAAAUGACAUUCAAAGGACGCCUAUGCAAUGGGAUAAUAAUUCAUAUGCCGGGUUCACAGAUGGUAAUAAGAAACCAUGGAUCCCAGUGAAUCCUAAUUAUAUAUAUAAAAAUGUAAUGAUUGAAAGCAACGUCCAAAAAAGUCAUUUAAAUUUUUUCAAAACUGUCUCUAUGUUACGUCAUUUAAGCGCAUUCAAAAAUGGUGGUUGCGUAGUGUAUAAUUUUUUUAACACAAUCAUAGUUAUUCACAGAUUUUUAGAUAGAUAUCAAAAUUACGUUUUAGUUUUGAGUUUCAGCUUUCAGAUAAAGCAAGUAAAUUUAUCAUGUCAAAUUAAAAAUUUAAGUGAAAAAUUAUCUGUUGUAGUUGGAUCUAAAGAUUCAGGAUUUGAAGUUGGAGAUCAAAUAAAUUCAUCAAUGAACUUUACAAUGAAAUCUUUUAGUGCUGUAAUAUUAACAGAUAGUUGAUAUGGGUACUAUUCUAAAUUUGUUUGUUUUUAAUAAUGAUAAUUGAAAAAUAAAUUAAGUAUUUACAGAACA